AGACACCCACCCACCCACUGCUUCUUGAGAACAGAGACAAGGGAGGAGGAGAUGUGAGCUUACUGGCCACAGAGGAAACGUAAAACACAAAAUCAAGAUUUCAAAACCCUUACAUUCAAAAUCAGGCCUCUCCAGACUCACAGGGUUUUUUUUUCUUCUGGAAACUGAAAGGCAACCAGCAGGGAGAUGCCCCCCGAGCAGCAGAGACAGCGGAGCAGCCUGUGUGUGAACAGGGUGUUCCUGAAGAGCUUCAUUGGGAUCCUGAGGCUACUGCAGAUCCUGCUCGGAGCCGUGCUCUGGGCAACCAUCGCUGCCAACAAGUAUGAGGGCUCUGUUCACUUUGUUCUCUUUGUGUCUGUCUUCUUCUGGCUCCUGACCCUGGCCCUUUACGUCCUCACCCUCCUGGAUAAGCAAGACAUGGUCCCCCUUUUGGGUGGAGACAGAUGGUUGCUAAGCAACACAGUGCAUGACCUUUUGGCCACUGUGCUUUACUUUGCAGCCCUGGGCAUUAUGAUCUACAAGACACAGAAGAACAGUUUCUGCAAUUUGGAGCAUUACAGACACCACUGCCUGUACAAGGCAUACCUGUCAGCCUCAGUGUUCUCCGGUCUCUGUGCCGCCACCUAUCUCCUCUCCGGAAUUUACGGUUCCUGCAGGAAGUGCGGGGUGGAACAGACUUUGGUUGCGACUUAAAGGUUUAGCAUUCCAAAGGAAACUGGUUCUCGCAAAAAAAGCGCUUGUUUUCCUGUCUUUGCACUGUUGGCAUUUUGCGAAAGAGAAACAAAAAUAUGGUGGUGCUUUUCUUAAGGCGGAAGCUUUGUUCAAGUUCCAGAUGCAUACAGGUUUGCUAAUUGAAAUGUCUGAAUGAUCUUUUUUUUUAUUUUCUGCAGAAGAAAAUAAAGCAUGCUGAAUACAUUUUUGUCUGAAAAUAAUUUUAACUUUAGUUUGUAAAGUCUGUAAAAAAGAAACAUCUGCAAAUGUCUUGAAAUGUAUACAAAGCAUUGAAAUAAAUAUUUAAAAAAUGUUUAAAUAAUAUAGUCCUGAAUAAUUAGCAGGAGAUAUUGUAGAAUUUUAUUGAAAAUAAUGUGGUAAAUUUGUUAGCCAGUGGUUAGUCAAACUAAUACACUCUAGGCUUCUAGGCGUUUUAUCAAUAUAUACACAUAGUAUUAUUACCACAGAAGAAGAUUCAGUGUAUGGCAAGGGAUGUAUCAACAAAAGCCUAGCAAACACUGCUGCAAAGAUACAAUUCCUAUUUUUUAGGCAUCUAAAAAAGAGACAUUUAAGAAUUAAAUGACAAAUAAAAGCUUAUAAAAACAUGAUGAAAAACUAGAUUUGAAUCUUUUACUCUUACUAGUUCAUUCCAGCACUGCAAGCCAAGGCAGUGCCCUUUGCUGUCAGUACAUGUCAAUCUGGACACACAGAAUGUGAAGGCAUGCAGCACUAGUAUGACUGUUUUCCUAAAUUACUGAUAAGGAGUGUGAACAUGUACAUCACACCAUGAAGUCUCACAAGUUGUAUUUAAACUUCAGUUUCAACUAGCUGGCAGAUUUGUAUUUUACAGUUUGUUUUUUGUGUGAAAUAAGAUCAUGUUGAUUGUAGCCUAAUAUGUAUGGCGAGGCUGAGGGCUUUUCUCUACAUGAAACCAUUUCAAAGAGUCCACCUUAAGAAAAGCAAUGAGUGGUCUGAGCGGCUGGGUGGAAGAGAAUCCGGCCAAUUCACCAUGCCCAUCUGCUGAUCCCAUUAAAGCUACUGAGCUUGUGCAUUUACAGUAAGGAGGUCCCAAGGGAGCCAUCCUGGCUAACCAUUUCACUCCCAGAAAAUGUGUUCAGUAUUACAUUAGCAAACCUGUUUUUUUCUGAACUUUGAGCUUAUCAUGGCCACACAAAUGUAAAGGGCAGAAAGACAAUGGACAAGACUCUCAGCCACACUCCUGCAUUGGAUCCAUACUAAACAACCUGGCAAACCUUUCACAAAACAAGACUACUACUUCUGACUGAAGACCAAUACAAGCCAGCGAUCAGUUUGCCAUUGGAAUUAAAGUAUGCUGAUCCUAUGGAGCAUGCUUAUUGUAUUUAUUCCAGCUGCACACCAACAGGUUCCUGAUAAAUCAAAAGCUCUCCCUCUCCCUCUCACUCCCUUUAUAAAUGGCUCAGAAUUAUAAAUGUAGUUCACCCUGAGGAUUUUAAAGUGACGAAACUGAUGAUUCAACAGAGAAAUGACCCCUCUGGAUACAGCUGCUUAAACUCUUGUCCUGCAGCUUCAAUAACUUGCCUCUCACCAUAGACCCGAUUAUUGUUAAUUAAGUUUUUCCACGAAGGAUCUCAGUUUUGUGCAAAGCUGAUAUCACUGUGUGCCAACAGAGUUAUAUUAGUACAACUAGCACCAACCUUUUGCAAUGUAAAUCUGUAUUUCUCCAGACUGCAGUAACCUAAUCCCAGAAGAAUGAUCUCUAGGUUCUGCACACCAACACACCUGCCCAGCUAGUCAUGGAAGAUUGUGGCACCACAAAAGAUGUCUGUAGACCCACCAAUGACUUUGCGUUUAUUAUUCAUUUAGCUCUGCGUGAAUCACCACAUAUGUGUCAAGAUAUGACCCAGGAUUUGAAAUGGGAAGAUUAUCUCAUUAUGAAACCUGCUAGCCUGUGGUUUCUUACGAAGAACGCUAUGGGUAUAACUUAAAGAGCAGCUUCAUUAGUCCAGCAAGUACAGUAAUCUGACUAUCACAGCUCUGCCAUAGAUUUAGCUAAACACUGACAAUAUGAGCUGACCUGGAGCUUGGUGAUAGGGUGGCUUUGCAUCUUUUUGUCACUGUCUUUAGAUUUUUGUGUGUGUAUUUAUAUUUUGGUCUACCAAAAAAAUUACAACCUGUGCUGGUUUGUGGUUAUGAGGCAUUUAUGGCCAAUUCCAUUACCCUGCUCAGAACACUUUCUUACUAAUUAUCUUGGUAUCCCUGGAGCACAAAACAGCACAUGUUUUGUUUUGUAUUUCUAGAGCUCAGAAAUUCCAAUCUUGGAAUUGAAUUGAUAUAAUAGAAUGGUAUACUUGUGAGCUGGAGUUCUUGAUAAAGCUUAUUCUUUGUUUGAAAGAGUCUUAGUGAGAAAACAACAUGCAUACUCAGUCGUUUGUUGUGAAGGAAAAUGUUCAGCAAAGUGAAAGGCUCACUGUAAGAAACUAUUUCCCAAAACUCCUGAGAAUCAAUUAAUUUGAUAAAUAUUCCAGUUCUAUUGUCCUAGUAAACACUUUGAAUAAUUAAUUCACAGAUUCCUUUUAAUAGAGCUUUAAUGACAUUGAUACAAUUACAAUGCAGCUGACCUGUUUUCAAACCUCUUUUGUAUUGAUAUUGAGCUGUUGUCAUAUUGAACCCAAGACUGUUUUCUGUGUUACCUUAAGUAGAAUUCUAAUAAUUAAAAAAAUCAUAAUUAAA